GUUUAUCUAUACAAUUUGCUACCAUAUUAUUUUGAAAGUGUAAUAAUAAUCAUACUUUAAUUAUUAUUAUGAUGUCCAGUUUUAAGUAUAGGCUUCUGCGUAAAUAAGGGAGUCAAGAAGACUUAGCCCCAAUAUAUAAGUUUUUAGCCCAUAUAUACACUUAAACACUUACAAUUAUCAGUUAUCGGCGUGAUUAUAAAUAAGUGGGUAUAAGCAUUGAUUAAAUAUAUUUAAUCAAUGGUAUAAGUCAUCGGUGUGAUAUGACCAUAUUACUAUAGCUAGUCUAUAACUAUACUCUAUAAUGCAAAACACGAUUAUGGAAAUGAAUGGUCCUAUUAUUACCGACAGUCACUGGUGUAGAUGGUAUACAUUUGGUAUUUGUCUUGUAAAUUGUAAUAUUUAAAUUUUUUAAGAUUCUAAGUGAAGCAAGAAAUGUAUUGAUUUUACAAUGUUUUUUUUCCGUCUGGAGACACCUCUUAGGGCAGUAAAAAUGAUUCGAUUUUCAACUUUUGCAACUUUCCUGUUACUCUAAGAAGCAUUAUUUAUAAACAAAUGUUACUGCAUAAAAAACGUCUAACGUACUGUUUUUUGGCAAGUUUUUCAUUAAUUCUAGGAUACAUAUUGACGCUGUUCGUUUCGUAUCCAAUAACAUUAAAAUUAAACACUUCACCAAAUGUAUCUAGAGUUAAGUUACUCGUACUUGUCUUAUCAACUGUAAAAAAUACAAAUCGUAGAGAUGCUAUACGUGAAACAUGGGCUAAAACAAAAGGAGACUUUAAAAUACUUUUUGUUGUAUCAAAAGACAAAUUUUUAAAUGCUGAAAAGCUGGUACAUGAAGACUUAUUGGAGGUAGAUGAAAUAGAUGAGUAUAGACUACUCACUCGUAAAAUAAUAGCAUCAUUUUCCGUUGUAUAUGAUAUAAACUUUGAUUAUCUGUUAAAAUGUGAUGACGACUCUUUUGUUAAUAUGCCAUUAAUGAUCAAUGAGCUAGAAUAUAUGCCCAAAAAAAGAUUCUACUGGGGAUUUUUUACUGGUAAUUCAAUCAUUAAAAAAUCAGGUGAAUUGAAAGAAACUAAUUGGAUAGUAUGUGAUAAAUAUUUACCAUAUGCCUUUGGAGGUGGCUAUAUUUUAUCCAAAGAUCUUAUCACCCACAUAGUGAAGAAUCGAGAUUACCUGAGUUUGUUUGUUAGUGAAGAUGUUUCGGUUGGCGCUUGGUUAAGUCCAUUAAAUAUUACUAGAAAACAUGACCAGCGAUUUGACACAGAAUGGAUUAGUCGCGGAUGUCAAAAUGAUUAUUUAGUAACACAUAAACGUAAUCCUGAAAUGAUGAGACUGCAUUGGUCAAACAUUAUUCAGACUGGAAAAUUAUGUGAUGAAGAGUUCAAAAGUAUGGCUUCCUACGAGUAUAACUGGUCAGUGAUGCCAUCUAAAUGUUGCGUCAGAAAUUAGUCUUUAAUUCCAUAAAUACAUUUUUCAACAUAAAAGACUGGUUUGAUUAUUAAUUUAAUACGCAUUUGAAAAUUGGCGUUUGUUUUCAGUUUUGAA